AUGGAGGAACUACAAGAAGGGCACAGCCCCCUGCAGAAACCCAGAAAGGCAGCUCCUCAGGCAGGAGAAGAUACCUUGAAUGGCCAUCUUCCCCCCGGCUGGCAGAGCUAUAUGUCUCCCCAGGGCCGAAGGUACUACGUGAACACCUUCACGAAUGAAACGACCUGGGAGCGACCAAGCAGUGUGCCUGGGACUCCAAAGAGCCCUGUGUCACAGAAGAGUUCUGCAGUGAAUGGCUACCACAUCUCUGGGACCCCAGUACACCAGCUCGACUCUGGUCAUAUGAGCCUCCGAAAAACCAGUGGAGACCCCCAGAUAAACUGCGUAACUUUCCCCCACCCUGACGUAAUGCCAGAGCAGCAGUUGCUGAAACCUUCGGAGUGGAGCUACUGUGAUUAUUUCUGGGCUGAUAAGAAGGAUUCGCAAGGGAACAAUACAGUGUCGGGAUUUGAAAUUCUUCUUCAAAAGCAACUUAAAGGGAAACAAAUGCAGAAAGAAAUGGCAGAGUUCAUUAGAGAAAGGAUAAAGAUUGAGGAGGAAUAUGCUAAGAACCUGUCCAAACUGUCUCAGAAUUCCUUGGCUGCUCAGGAAGAAGGCACACUAGGAGAGGCUUGGGCUCAACUAAAGAAGAGUCUAGCUGAUGAAGCAGAGGUUCAUCUCAAAUUUUCUUCUAAGCUUCAGAGCGAGGUAGAGAAACCCCUGCUCAACUUCAGAGAGAACUUUAAGAAAGACAUGAAGAAGUGUGACCACCAUAUUGCAGACUUACGGAAGCAUCUGGCCAGCCGCUACGCAGCAGUUGAAAAGGCCCGGAAAGCCUUGACAGAGAGACAGAAGGAUCUAGAAAUGAAAACGCAGCAGCUAGAGGUGAAGCUCAGCAACAAGACAGAGGAGGAAAUCAAGAAGGCGAGACGGAAGUCCACUCAGGCGGGAGAUGACCUGAUGCGCUGCGUGGAUCUUUACAAUCAAGCCCAGUCCAAGUGGUUUGAGGAAAUGGUGACCACCACUCUGGAGCUUGAGAGACUAGAAGUUGACAGGGUGGAGAUGAUUCGGCAGCAUCUUUGCCAGUAUACACAGCUGCGGCAUGAGACAGACAUGUUCAACCAAAGUACAGUAGAGCUCGUGGAUCAGUUGCUUCGGAAAGUGGAUCCUGCCAAAGACAGGGAACUGUGGGUAAAAGAACACAAAACUGGAGAUAUCCGACCUGUGGACAUGGAAAUAUAGACUGAUCUAUAGUUGUAUGUGAUGAGUCCACUGAAUUAACCAGGCUAAUGUUUGUUUUUUCAAAGGUCAGAAGAGCAUAGGGAAAAGGUUGUUCCACUACCAGACACCUUGUAAUUUAUGCCUGUAGGGGCUAUCUCUGUUACAUUUAGUCAUUAAAAUGGUCCUCAUUGUGCUAAGCCUUAAGCACCAGACAUUCCAGGGUGAAGAAACCAGAUGUGUGCUUCCCACCAGAGGUUCCCAAUUGCACGCAGCUUCCAGAAGAAAUCUGCUUUCUGGUACAGAGAGCGCUCUGUUCUUCAGUGACUUUGUGCUACAUCCCUUGCAUGACUAUCUUUAUACAAUAUGUUAGAACAAACAUGCAGUGAGCCUCUGGCCAGCAAGUAGAUAACUGUUCGAACAUGAUGCAGGAGGCAAGGAAGUUCUGAUCAUGAAUCCAGGGUCUGUCACUGACUGCUUUCAUGGCCAUAGGCAAGUCAAUUAACUUUUCUGGCUCUCCCAUCUAUAAAACAUGCGUAUCUUGCAGCAAUGUUGUGCAAAUACAUUGAUUUCAUGUAACAGUUUCCCACCAUGGCAGUG